GCGUGGCUUCCGUUCCCGUUGUGUGAGGGGCCGAAUCCCAAACGGCCUCCGCGCUGCUCCCGUUGCCGCCGGGGUCUGGAGCCGGGCCUGGGGGCGCGGUGCCGUCCUGCGGCCUCCCCCGCUCCCCGCCACCUCCGCGGCCCCGCUCCUCCACCUCUUCCCCGCCCCGCUCCUCCAUCCCGUUCCCUUCAGUCGGGCCCAUCGCUCCCUUCCCAGCCCAGCCCGGGGCUCCCCUCGGCCAAACCCGCUGCCCCCUCCUCAGCCCCGCCGCUGCCCGGGGCCCCCUCAGCCGAGCCAUGUCGCUGCACGGGAAGCGGAAGGAGAUCUACAAAUAUGAAGCGCCUUGGACCGUGUACGCCAUGAACUGGAGCGUCCGGCCGGACAAGCGGUUCCGUCUGGCGCUGGGAAGCUUCGUGGAGGAGUAUAACAACAAGGUUCAGCUUGUUGGUUUGGACGAAGAGAGCUCAGAAUUCAUUUGCAGGAACACCUUUGAUCACCCCUACCCUACCACGAAGCUUAUGUGGAUCCCAGACACCAAGGGAGUUUAUCCAGACCUGUUGGCAACCAGUGGUGACUAUCUGCGCGUGUGGAGAGUGGGUGAAACAGAGACCCGGCUGGAGUGUUUGCUGAACAAUAACAAGAACUCUGAUUUCUGUGCUCCACUAACAUCGUUUGACUGGAAUGAAGUGGAUCCUUACCUUCUAGGUACCUCUAGUAUCGACACAACCUGCACUAUUUGGGGUCUGGAGACAGGACAGGUUCUGGGAAGAGUAAAUCUGGUCUCUGGCCAUGUGAAGACCCAGCUUAUUGCACAUGACAAAGAGGUGUAUGACAUAGCAUUUAGCCGAGCUGGUGGUGGGAGAGAUAUGUUUGCUUCGGUGGGCGCAGACGGCUCGGUGAGGAUGUUUGAUCUCCGUCACCUGGAGCACAGCACCAUCAUCUACGAGGACCCACAGCACCACCCCUUGCUGCGUCUCUGCUGGAAUAAGCAGGAUCCCAACUAUCUUGCUACAAUGGCCAUGGAUGGCAUGGAGGUUGUGAUUCUAGAUGUCAGAGUUCCCUGCACUCCAGUUGCCAGGUUAAACAACCACAGAGCAUGUGUCAAUGGAAUUGCUUGGGCACCUCAUUCGUCCUGCCACAUUUGUACAGCAGCGGAUGACCAUCAGGCUCUCAUCUGGGACAUCCAGCAGAUGCCUCGUGCCAUUGAGGACCCCAUCCUGGCUUACACAGCGGAGGGAGAGAUCAACAAUGUACAGUGGGCAUCCACUCAGCCAGACUGGAUAGCUAUCUGCUACAACAACUGCCUGGAGAUUUUGAGAGUGUAACUUUACUGCUUCAUGCCACAGUGAGGCAGGGCUGUAUAAUUUCCCUUCCCCUCUAAAGUAAGAACAAUACAAGUGGCCAGUAUCUGUUGUUGCUUUGCAUCUACUGUUACAAGGAACUGUUACGAGAAUCAAUGGCAGGUGUCUCCUGUCUCUCCAAGACUCUAAAAUGCAGAGACGUGCUGAGCCUCUUGGACCUUCUGGGUUCUGGUUUUCUUUUUAUUUUUUUUUUCCUCAGUUAAAGUUCUGUAUAUUUGUUUGUUGACUGUAUUAAUAAGCUUGCAGGCGCUUAAGUUGCUGCAUAUGUCCAUGUGUUUGUCAGCCAGGCGAGGCAGCACACCCAACUAGUUUAAUAGAUGUGCAAAACAAGGUGGGGAAAAAGACAUUGAUUUAACAGCCACCUUGGCAGGAAUCUUUAUCAUUCCUGUUGUUGCUGCCUCUAAACUGUUUAAACAUUUGUAUGUUUUUUAUAUAUUGGGCUAACUUUCUAUUGAGUAAGGUUUUUCUCCCUAAUUCUUACUUUUGAUAUGUGAUCCACUUCCAUAUGCCCAAAACAGGAUCUGUUCAUUGAUACGAAUCACACAACGCCGCAGGCUCCCUGGCAGAAAAGGCCUGCCAGAAUUAACUGUUGCCUUGCCCCUCUAUACCUGGUUACCUGGGCAGAAUUUUCUGGUGCUGUGAAGUACAAGUACUUGUUGCACAAUUUCUUUACACUUUUUCUGAUGCUAGAGGCAGUUGUUACUAUGGUAGGCCUUAUUUUUAAAUUCUAACUGAAUUUGCAUGUAUCCUGCAGUUGUGUUAGCUGACAGAAUGGCAACAGGUUUCAGAAAGAAGAUACGUGCAUAACUUAAGCUCCCAGGAGAUUAAUGGCUCCUGAAAAAAUGUGAUUUGUAAUGGACUUGGGAUUUAUACUUCCAAUCAAAUUAUUUCCCUUCAGAAAACUUACUGUCUAAACCAAAAUAAAACGGUUUCACACCCUGUAGCUUGCUUGAUUGGCCAAUAAUACAAGCAAGAUUUUGUGGUUAGCCUGUACCUUGGAGCUUCUUUGCCUUUGGCCUGUGUUCCUGGGAAUUCUUGAAAGGAGUGACAAGCAAUCUUUUUUUCUGAAGUGUAUUUGCUUUGUACUGUCAGGUCUUGUUGGAUGAGUGAGAUGAGUUGGAAAAGCUGGUCCACUAUCCACAUGAAAGCUGUUUCUCUGGAAGAAAUGAUUCCCUAAUGUCAUGUGCAACGAUGGGUUUAAAAGGAAAGAAACGGUGCCACAGAGGCUAAGGUUUGGUGCUUGUCAUCCUCAUACCUUUUGGGGAUGUGCCCAGGGGCUUCUAUUUCUGUUUGGAAUCGUGCAUCGCUCUACAGUAGUACUUCUCAAUCAAAGCUGAGUGGAUUAGGCAAGAUAAAAAUCUUCAAUAACAGCUACUCAGCUGAACGCUCCGCAGAACUCUCCCAAUGAAGACAUGACAAGCAGAGCUGGUCUGUAAAGGGAAUACCAGCUGAGUUCUGAUGUAAGUGUCAGAAACUAUCAAAAUUGUCUUUCCACCUAAUGAGUAUUCACCUGCAACUGGAGGCAGCAUUAUAAAUAGCAGGCAAACUCAAAUCUUGUCAGUUUAUGCAGGAAAGGCAGGUUGGGAAAAGCGAUUGCUGUGAAGCAGCGAAGCUGACACUGAAAGCCCUGUCAAAUACAGAACAGGAUUUGAAAAGUUUUUGUCAUUCUGGACAUAGAGAAAUAUUCUUCUACACGCGGCUUCUCAACAUGGAGCUCAGAAAAGCACUGCCUUGUGAAUCUGAUAGGAAUUCAUUAGGGACAGCUUUAUUCCAUCACUCCUUUUAAUAUCAGAGAUCCGAGAGACUCUAAUGCAAUUCGAGCUCAUGUUUUGUCAAUGGCAUUCUGUGUUCAGUUGUGGGAUUUUUGACAGAAAGCUUGAUUUGACUUGAAGGUCAGUUUUUCUUGUUAGCAGCAGUGCUGGGAGUAGGGUGUUCCACAGACACAUCUGAUCUAGAUGUCAGAACAAAACG